GUCACUCCGUCGCCGGUAAGCGGUGACGUGGCUGCUGGGGAAGCUCUUCCCGGUUGUUGUGCCAAGCUCCUCCGGGCUCCUCCGUUCACUGGAGAUACCUGUGCCACAAAAAAAACUAACCUGUGCAAACUAAGAGCCGAGCAGUUUGUCGUUUUAGCUGAUUGAAUUAGCCGCUGACUGCUGCCAGCCAUGGAGACGUAUGGCAACUCGCACAAGAAACAGAAGAUAGGCAACGCUGCCCAGAACUGGGGAAUGCAACGUGCAACUAACGUCACCUAUCAAGCUCAUCAUGUCAGCCGAAACAAGCGUGGGCAGGUUGUGGGCACAAGAGGAGGGUUCAGAGGAUGCACCGUUUGGCUGAGUGGUUUGUCCGGUGCAGGGAAGACUACAGUUAGCAUGGCUCUGGAGGAGUACCUGGUGUGUCACGGUAUCCCCUGCUACACACUGGAUGGGGACAAUAUCCGUCAGGGGCUGAACAAAAACCUAGGCUUCAGCCCAGAGGACCGUGAAGAGAACAUAAGACGCAUUGCUGAGGUGGCCCGGCUUUUUGCUGAUGCUGGGCUGGUCUGCAUUGCCAGCUUCAUCUCUCCCUACAGCAGGGAUCGCCUCAAUGCCAGGAAGAUCCAUGAGGCAGCAGGGCUGCCUUUCUUUGAGGUGUUUGUGGACGCUCCGCUGGAUGUCUGUGAGCAGAGGGACGUGAAGGGGCUGUACAAGAGAGCCAGAGCGGGGGAGAUAAGAGGUUUCACUGGAAUUGACUCAGAGUACGAGAAGCCGGAGGCCCCAGAGCUGGUGCUGAAGACCGACUCCUGCAGUGUGAAUGAGUGCAUACAGCAGCUCAUUGACCUGCUUCAAGAGAGGGAUAUAGUUCCUGUUGAUGCAUCUUAUGAAGUGAAAGAGCUGUACGUUCAGGAGAAUAAACUGGACCUGGCUAAGGCUGAUGCAGAGACUCUGCCUGCUGUACAGAUUGGAAAGGUGGACAUGCAGUGGGUGCAGGUGCUGGCUGAAGGCUGGGCCACUCCUCUGAAUGGCUUUAUGAGAGAGAGAGAGUAUUUGCAGUGUCUUCAUUUUGACUGCCUGCUGGAUGGUGGUGUCAUCAACCUGUCAGUGCCUGUGGUGCUGCCGGUCUCUACUGCAGAUAAAGAGCGUUUAGAUGGCGUGACAGCUAUGGCCUUGGUCUACGAGGGCAGACGAGUGGCCAUCCUUCGCAACCCCGAGUUUUAUGAGCACCGCAAAGAAGAGCGAUGUGCUCGCCAGUGGGGCACCACCUGCAAGGACCACCCCUACAUCAAGAUGGUGAUGGAAAGUGGGGACUGGCUGGUCGGGGGAGACCUGCAGGUUCUGGACAGGAUCUACUGGAACGACGAACUCGAUCAGUACCGACUGACACCCACUGAGCUCAAACAGAAGUUUAAAGAAAUGAAUGCAGAUGCUGUAUUUGCCUUUCAGCUUCGCAACCCAGUCCACAACGGCCAUGCUCUUCUGAUGCAGGACACCCACAAGCGCCUCAUCGAGCGAGGCUACCGCCGGCCUGUUCUGCUGCUCCACCCACUGGGAGGUUGGACCAAGGACGAUGAUGUGCCGCUGCCCUGGCGAAUGAAGCAGCAUGCCGCUGUGCUGGAGGAGGGCGUCCUGAAUCCAGACUCUACCAUCGUGGCUAUUUUUCCUUCACCCAUGAUGUAUGCUGGGCCAACUGAGGUUCAGUGGCAUUGCAGAGCUCGAAUGGUGGCUGGAGCCAAUUUCUACAUUGUGGGCCGUGACCCUGCAGGCAUGCCCCACCCUGACACAGGAAAGGACCUGUACGAGCCCACUCAUGGUGCUAAGGUCCUCACCAUGGCUCCAGGCCUCAUCACCCUGGAGAUUGUACCCUUUAAGGUCGCCGCUUACAACAAGGUCAAAAAAGCAAUGGAUUUUUAUGACCCCAAAAAUCAUCAAGAUUACGAUUUCAUCUCAGGCACACGUAUGCGUAAGAUGGCUCGUGAGGGAGAAAAUCCUCCUGCCGGCUUCAUGGCCCCGAAGGCUUGGGCUGUGCUGAAGGAAUACUAUAAGUCACUGGAGAAGGCUUAAAGGUCAAGUCUCAGAUGAAACAAACAUAGAAAACACAGUGGUGUUUAACAGGAUUAAUGUGGGGACCACUCAUCUACUGUCAAAAAAACACGCUCUGGCUUCUGUCUGUCACUUUCACACUCGACUGUCAUGAAACAGAUCUCAGUUGUUUUUUUUUGUCUUUUAAAUGUAUGUACUUCAUUUAGCUAAACUCACUCUGAUUGUGAAAUAAAGUAGGUGAGGCCAGUAUACUGAUGAAUUGUUUUUUCAAAGGAACAAACAAAAACUUUCUCUAAAAUAGAUGUUUGUGUUUCUCACUAACUUUAUAACUGUAUAUUCUGAUGAUCGGUUACAAAAGUGUUAAAAAUUCAAAGAUCAAGACUCGUAAUGACCUGUAUGGAAAGUACUGUUGACCAGUACUUUAAUUGGUGGGGAUGAGUGUUGAGUAAUCAUGAUGUCCAAAUUAAAAACUGCACUUGAGUUUACUUAACUCACUACUGAAAACCACAAAGUUACUUUGUACUGUAUGUUUGCAAGUGGCAGAAUUUGGUGUAAGUAUUUGAUGUGAAAGGCAAGUGCCUUGGUCUUCAGAAAGUAAAUUCAUGUCUUGUUUGAAUUAGGACACACACACACACACACACACACACACACACACAGACACACACACACACACACACACACACACAAAAGGAGACCUAUUAUACUUUACUAUAUUUUCUUUCAUAUCUAUAAUGUUACAGUGCCGGAUGUUCAUAUUAAACGUGGCCAAAGCUUCAAAUAAUGAGGUACUUAUUUUAAAAGAAAUCCCUUUGAGCCAAAACCUCUGAUUUCACACUGUUCUGAACACUGGUUUCAACAGUUUUCUCUACUGUUCUAUACAUGGUCAUCUGCUUCAGGCACGCUACUGCAGUGUUUUCAUUACAUGCACUGCUACAUGCUAACUUCAGGGAAACCUGUAAUCUUGGUUGCAGAUGUUAUUUUCUCCCCACUUUUGUACCACAUUACUGCUCGAACAGGUCCAGUUGCGUAGUUUUUGGUUUAGAAGCCUUUUAUCUGUGAUUUUUGAUGGUAUAAAGUGCUGCUAUACUCCGUUACAGUCUACUGCUAACUACAUGUAGCUACAUGCUAACGCCAGGGAAAGCUGUAAUCUUGGCUGCCGAUGUUAAUUUCUCCCUAAAAUUAGAUCACAAGUCUAGUUGUGUAGUAUUUGGUUUAUAAGCCUUUGUGAUUUUUCACAGUAUAAAGUCCUGCUAUAUACUACAGAGAAAGCGAGAGCAGAGCACAGAUGCAGAGACCACGAAACGCUGACCAAUCAGAGCAGACUGGGCUUUUUCAGUGAGGGGACUUAAAGAGACAGGCGCUCCAAACAGAACAUCUUAGACAGAGGGUGAAAACAGGUGCAGCAGCAAAAUAGUGUGAACUUUAAAGCAUUUAAAUAUGUUCUUGUAGAAACAAAACAUACACUUAUGACCCUGAAAACAGAAUAUAAUAGGUCUCCUUUAAAUAUAUUUUUAAUGGGAUAUGCAACCCUAAACUUUCUAAACCAACCUUCCUAAACAACUUUUAUUUGUCAUAUUUAGUCUAUUUAUUCUGUCUUACAUUACAAUGUUCUAUUUUUAACUGUGUUGUGCAUGUAGUUUUGGUGUUUUAAACUUGUCUCUCAACAGUCCUGAUAUUUUGUUACAUUUUCAUGAUUUGUAUUUUUUUUUCUGCCAUGGGUUGCUAAUAUUUUCCAUGUGGUAAUUCAUUUUUAAGAGUUGGUCUGUAUAAUCAGAUGGUUGAUGGUUACCAUUAAGGGAUCAGAUUUGUAAUCUUCCUUGUUCAAUAAACCAUUUUUAGCAAAAGAA